AUGUUCGUCCCCAAAGCUGCUGCUGCAUCGCGCAACCCUCGGAGACGCCAGAGAACCAGCUCCGAUGACUCCGUCAAGCCACCGAAGGCGAAAAGACAGCGUUCAGUGCUGCGACAAGCCGGCGACUCCCCAUCCACAGGGUUGGACCAUGACCAGCGAGAGAUAGCGGAACCAUUUGUGUCUGUCCCGAUCUCUGAUUACGAAGUGGUCACCGAUCAUAUUGGUGCUGAGUCGCAUCUUCCAAUCCGGAACGCAAAACAGGCUGAAGGGCCUAAUAAUGACCUUGAAGGAACGGUUGUGUUGUCAAGCACAGAUUACUACACUGUGCAGCAGCUUCCAGCAUUGCCAGAUCAAAUUCGAGGCUCACUCUCAGACCCACUGAGAUGUGUUUUCGCACCCAACCACCGCCACGCCCUCGCCUUGACGCCUUCACAUGCAAUCAUCUGGCCCUAUUCUGUGGCUACUUCGACUCCAUCGGCCUCAGAAACGUUCACAGUAUCGAUUCCUGAAGCAUGCAGGGACACAAAUGGUGCGUUGCCUCUCGGUGUUUUGCUGUCCGCUGUCACGGGGGAACAUCCUGGCCUCCUCGUCAUCAUCCCAUCCACAGGCAGAAUUAUAUACUGGGAAACAAUUUCGAGCGCUGCGUCACUGGGUCUGUCUCGGCAGAAACAGAAUGGACUUCAAGGAUUCACGCCAGGCCUGCUCUCCGGUGAAUACGCUACGGAGGUCCUGAACUGUGAGCCGUCAGGGAUCAUCGUCACCUUCUCGUCUGGAAGAGUUGCACAUGUCACUCUCAGAGACCCCCAAGGAAAGCCCUCGAUUCUGGUCAAUUUCCUCAGAAGCUCGAUUACUGGUGGGACAGGUGGGUUCCUAGGUGGAAUUAAGAACGUUUUAGGUGGCGGCUCCUGGAGGAAAGAGGUCACUGCAGUACGGGCAGGCGGGUCACGUCAGCGAGGCCAACGAGAUGUGAUAGUUGCCACUUCCACUGGUCUAGUGGAAAUCUGGGAUACUCAUUGGAACCACGGAAACGCACUGAAGAAAAAAUACGACAUCAGAGAGAACGUCGCAGCAUCGAUUUCUCGGUAUACCGUUGGGCCAGCCGGGGAGCCUGAGCUUAAAAUCAUGGACUUCGCAUUCUCCAACCAGCAGUCUCCAGAUGAAAAUGACUCUCAGGGAUCCGAGGAGUCCUGGCGACUCUUCCUGGUUGUCAGUACUCCCCAGUUGCUAGAGUCCAGAACAUUGUUCAUCGUUCAGCUACUUUUGUCGGGAAGCGGUACCCGUACCUUGUCUACCCAUGCAGUGGACCUCCAUGGCAUCCCCGCUAUGCGGAACGACUUCAAGCCCAAAAUUCUAGUUUCAAAUACGGAGAGGACUGCAUUCAUCCUUAUUGAGCAAUCCCUCGUUAUCCUGUCUCUAGCGAGCGUCGAAGAAACGCCAACCUCCCAACUGCUUCUGGAGUCGCACAGACCCCCUCUGCCUUUUCAGGACACCAUUCAUCUACGAUCAGGCAAUGACUAUGAAAUCCUGGGGUAUGGCUUUGAGGAACGGUUGGAGGAGGAUGAAAGCGGUAUAGCAUGCGUGAUGAUGAUUCGGAAUUUUGGUGUCAUCCGAGUGAAUGUGGUCCCUCAAUCUCCAACCGCAAACGAUAUGGAUGAAGGUCAGAUCACAGCAAAAUACAAGCUUGAGCAGGCGAUAUUCUUCGGAACCAUGGCUCAGAAUCCAUUGAACCUCCUUGGAGAGACUGGCCUCGACUUCCCCGCAACCGAGAUUGAGAAAGCAUCUCUGGAAAUUUGCAAGGAGCUUCUUCGGUCGGAAUCACGGUUUGUUCCUAACUCUGCCAUCUCCAUAGACCAGAACCUCCGGCUCAGGGCAAAAGCGCUCGGCGAUCUUGCGGCAUUACUCCUACGCAAAGGCAAUCCAUUGAGCCGUCCGGCAAGAUGGGAACUGCUAUGGGGAGCAGAAAAGCUUGCUGCACAAAGAGCCAUGUGGAAGCUGGAAGAGACACGUAGAGGCAAAGGCGAUAGCGCCUUUCUUGGCCAUGUCAUUGAGUCUAUGAACGACAAGUUCAAGACACGCCCUGGGCCGUCAUACGGGGAAGACGAUCCCGUGCGUUUGUGGUUCUUAAGAGACACACAUCACAUGGAACAUGUGAUUCCCUGGAUCAAGAAUGCCAUCAAACCCCGUAGGGGUAAUUCUUCCAAGCAGGCACGGAAGCUGUCCGAACAGAUUCUUGAGGCAAGUGAGCUUUUCCUUGCUAUCAUCGAAACAGCUUACCGGUACCGUGACGAGCACGCAUCGUUAUACGGACUGGGCAGUGACUUCGUGGACGGUGGCGUUCUCGCUGAUGGGUAUGAAAACCUUCCCGAGUUCUGGACCUCCAGGGCAGUAGGAUACACUGAAGCGGGACAUCUUCUUGACUGGGAGUUGGACAGCUGUCGGGCUUGGAUCCAGCAGAAGACCUCGAGUGCGGAGGCACCUGAUAGUCAGGUCUUGAAGAAGAUUGCCGAAAACAGCGCUCGCCAUCUCCAGGUCCUCGGCCAGAUGCAUCUUGAGCGAACACGCUGGCUUAGUGCGCAAGGAGAUCCCAAGCUAGCUGACGAAAGUGUCUCAAUUGAACAGGCUCACAUCAAGGAGCGGAAAUGGCAACUCUUCAAGCUCGCGGGCAUCGGGCAUCUUCGAGAUGCGCUUAGCCUAGCCGAGCGAUUCCGGGACAUGGGAGCUCUGGUUGAGCUCAUUAUUGAACUGCAGGAUCAAGUGAAAAACCAGGCAUCCCAAGAUGCUCCGGGAGACGCUCCUGCUAUGGCGGCAAGCGAAGCGGAUGUCGCGCGCAGAGUUUCUCACUAUUUUGACAAAUUCGGCGAACCCUGGGCGGAUGCAUACUUUUCACGGCAGAUUUCAAUGGGCCACCCCGGCGCUUUGCUUUCCAUGCGAAAGUAUCAACCAUCUGUCACUCGAUUCCUUCGGAAAACGCCUACAUAUGCCAAAUUGAGUUGGAUUAACGAUGUGACGGGUGAGGGUGAUUAUGAUACAGCCGCUGUCUGUCUGGAAAGUCUGGCACUUAACGGUGAAGAGGAGCUGUGGAAUCAUCGAGUGCAAGUGUCGUUGGCGAAGCUCAGCAAGCUAGCUUCAAGCGAAAAAGUAUCGCCGACAACUCAUAUGUCUGUCUUACAGGAGGAUAUCAGUCGUCUCGAUGACUAUAACGAGAUUGACGAGGUUCAGGACACUCUUCACACCUACAUCAAAUCCUUUUGUGAGGAUGCGAUCGACCGGAGGGCCGCAGCAGAUCUGGCGCUAGACUAUUUUGGAAGACACCUUGCGGCGGAUCGCCCUGCCCUCCACAAGAUUUUGGAUGAUGCUCUUUUCACGCUGUUCAACAGACGUGUUGUUGGUGCCGAUGGCUUGGUUGAUCUGCUCACAUUGAUGGGUCCUCUCCGCCACCCUGAAGACAGCGACGGUGAUCUUCGCGGGCGGGAGUUCUAUCAGGCCUUUCGGGUAAUUGAUCACAGCCGCUAUGCCCAGCAGGAUCCCUCGUAUCUCUCCGCAUUGCGAAAGUUGAUCUGGAGACGGUGCAUGAUCAAGGACGACUGGGAAGCUCGGGGAAGAGCUGCUGAGGGUUCUAAUGGGACAUCGGACGACGCAGCUCAUGACACUGCUCUGUACCAUACAUUGUCUCUUUGCUUCACAGAACAUGCCAGACCCAGUCUCCGGGCUCUUCUUGUGCCUCUCGCUCCUACAGAGGCGCUGAUGGCUGAUUCUGAACCCGACAUCCUUGUGUCGCGCUUUCGCCCCGAGCAAAGGGGUCGGGUGGUGGCCGACCUGAAGCGGGAAGACGAUCUGCUACGCAAGUAUAUUGAAGCUGGCAAACUCGACUUUUGGUUUCAAAACCUCCUAGCUUCCGCCGAGUCCAAGUCAUCCUCAAGUGUGAUCCCUGCAUGCAGGGAUGUGACGGCUGAAGAUUCCCCCUCUGCUGAGUCUAAGGCGCGAUUGGUGUGGGUUUGA